AUGCCUUCCUUCCUACGUACUAGCGAUAGGCGCUGCGCCGAGUUCAUCAUGCAUCCCAAUGGGCACUGUGUGCGUCUUCCAAACGGCUCCGAACUCUACUUCACAUUCCCCAUCGACUUGGACAUCCUGCGAUCCAUGCGGCCCCAAGAUCUCGAAGCACUUGCUGCAUACCUAGAGCGGACUCAACCGCCUCCUGCAGAAGGACCCGGCGAUCCCAUUUACCAGAAUAGCCUCGCCGUGCGAGGUCUCAUUAGCGACUGGCUCCAAGGCUCCCAGUACCUUGACGACAUGGAGAUGUACGCGUGGGAGUCUGGUCAUGGCUUUCCGAUAUUUGAUGAGUUCGGCAUGCCAGUUGACUUUCAGUGGGUGUGGGAUGUCAUUGCUUUCGAGGGAGGCGAGGAGCUGGUCUCCCGUUAUGUCGAAUACAUCAACGAUUCUGCUGAGCUACACGCACAAGGUCAUGCCGAAGACCAUCAUGACUCCCUUCAGUCAUCCCACGCUCCUCACACGUCCGACGCGCUUAUUCCCAGCUCUCCGCUCGAGCAACCUCAGCAUCACCGCUUCGGCCGGUUCCGUGUGGCAACCCAGUCCGACGGACCCGUCUCCGUAGGUGGAGCUGACUUUGCAAACAUGGACGAUUGUCUAGCAUUCCUGGAUACCCUUACCGACAUCGAAGCGAAGUUGCUCAGUAAGAACAUCAUACAGUUGGAAGGCGAUAGUUCCACUGGGUUGCGCAUGGUACCUGGACCGAAUGCGAAGUUCCUCCCUAAGCGGACUACGCAGGAUAAGAAGGAAGCCAAUCCUCCAAGCCGCAAUGUAAUCAUUCGUCAAGAAGACCAAGGACCACAACCCAUCGUUUUCCAUCAAGAGAGCGCUGUAAAGCAAGGAAAGAAGCCCGUCCAAGAGCAGAAGUUAGUCUUCAAGCGCGUAGAAUCACCACCCAAGCAGACCGUGGCCGCCGAGCUCGACCCCUUCCGCUUCUACGGCCGGGAACCUGCACACGAAGCACAAAACCAAGCUGCCAACGACCAGAGGCUGAUCACUGAGCUCCAAAACCUAUGGGAUGAGUCACAAAACCUAGCCGAUCAUUACCACCAGGAUUCCAGGCAACCCUCUACUUGGCAUGCCAAAGAUCCACGGAAGGCCUAUAACAAGGUAGUAACAAUUGAUCUGCGCGGGCAAGACGCACCCUCAUUUCGACCUCUAUUCCCGACUUCCGACGUAAGUCCUUCCAACAAGUCCACUCUCGCUCACAAGUCCAUUCUCGCUCACAAGUCGACCCCUGCUCACAAGUCGACCCCCGCUCCCAAGACCGCCCUCUUCAUCUCUGCAGAGGCCCGUCGUAAAAUCUUCGGCGCCGAACCAAGUGCUCACCGCAGUUUGUCGUUUCAAGAAACCACUAGUCUGCCCAUGCGCCCGAGGGUGACUGGUAUAUCUCCAAGCUACGAUGCUGGUGUCGACGACCCCGCGCACCGCAUGUGUGGAACAAAUGCGCAUCAGGCGUAUGCGGAGGAUAGCCCGGAGGAUUCGCCGAGGCCAGCUCCCGGUAGUUCGUGGAUGGAUGUUUUUGAAGAGUUGAUGUCUUGA